GUCAAUGACCUUGCCCUCUGUGUAAUACAAUGUGUACACACAUAUGACUUCCACUCAUUUCAUAGAGAUCUCUCGCCACGCGUGCAUCUACAAAGCUCAGACGGACAUUUUGCAAAGAUGCCUGGAAAAGACACAGAUUCAGCAAAUUGACAAUGGCUGUGGCUUCUUUACAGGAUUGCUGGAACGUCUUGAAAAUGGCGGCAGUGUACUUAUCGCAGAAGGCUACUUGUGGGAGUUUGAGAGAAGAGGCUAUAUACAACAGGGAGCACAUGUACCGGAAGUUGUCCUAGAACAUCCGGAACUGGUCAAGACAAUGCAUGAGGAGUUUGUCCAUGCUGGUACUGACGUGUGUGAAGCAUUCACGUACUAUGGCAACAGGGAAAAACUGAGAUUUAUAGGGCGUGAGGACGACCUUGAGAAACUGAACAGAGUGGCUUUGAGGAUGGCACGAGAAGUCGCAGAUAAGACUGGAACACUGAUGGCCGGAGGGAUCUGCAACACGGGUGUUUACCAGCCAGACCAACCCGAGACACACGAGCAAGUCAGGGCCAUGUAUAAGGAACAAGUGGAGUGGGCGGUGGAGGAGGGGGCCGACUACAUGAUAGCUGAGACGAUAGAUUCCCUAGGGGAGGCCAAAAUAGCCCUGGAUGUCAUUCAAAAAUAUGGCAAAGGGAUGCCGGCGGUGGUUACCUUCGCGUGCUAUGUCCCGGAGGAGACAACUGACGAGGUACCUAUAGUGGAGGCGUGCCGUAUAAUCGAGGAGUUAGGUGCUGCCGUGGUUGGCCUCAACUGUGGGCGUGGCCCGAAAACCAUGAUUCCCCUUUUACGGGAGAUCAGAAAAGUCUGCAAGGGACCAAUAGCAGCACUUCCCGUGACGUAUAGAACACGUGACAACUGUAAAUCUUUCAUGUCUCUGAAAGACCCGGACACAGAUAAAUAUGCAUACCCGAUAAAUGUGGCAGCAUGUCUGUGUAGUCGAGAUGAAAUCCGAGAGUUUGCCGAGGAAGCGAAGGCGAUUGGUGUAAAUUAUAUUGGGCUGUGCUGCGGGAAUGCGGCCAACUACUUCCGGGAGUUGGCGGAAGUGUACGGACGAACGCCAGAAGCUUGCAGAUAUCGACCAAACAUGACCUUUAAUUACAUAUUCGGAGACACAGACAAAACUGACAAAUAUGACGCGAAGAAAUUACGACAGUAUAUGGUGACAGGAAAAGAUUAGGGUAUACUGUAUUGUCAUUGGUUAGUGAUUAAUGACUUCAGUAUUUGAAAAAGGAAGGAGAGAUUAUAGUUGAUGUAUGUGUAUGAAUGUGACGAUUCAUAUUGCUGCAAAUAGUGGCAAGAACAAAACAGGGAAUUAAUGAGCAUUUGUUAUAGGAAGAUUUUCAUUAAUUAUAUAUUUACACAUUAUAGGCCUAAUGACAUAUCACCAGACCAUAGAUGCUGAAAGGUUGUUUACAUGUCAUGUUUACAUUUCGCUAUAUGCAGCGAAUUCCAUUUCUACAAACGCUGGUAAUUAACGAGCAUUCCACAAAGUCAGAGGUUGAUAUAUAGUGAGUGAUACACAUGGGAGAUGUUUACAUGUAUAAUAAGUCCGUUGUAGUUAUUUAUAAGUAGAACACUCGUCGUGUGUGUGAUGUACGAGUUUCUCAUGACACAGGAAACUAUAUCCAGAUGUACAAAUGUGUAUGUACAGUGUUGAGUGUGUGCAGGGUAUUGAACGGGAAAUGUAUUAACUAGUAGUGAUUGUGUCUAUUGUGAUUCAAAGAAAAUGCAUUCGUUUUUGUAUUAACAUGUAUAUGGGGUAUCAACAGCAAUAUAAUUUAUGUUACCAUAAAUAUAUGUGUAAUCCACAAUAUGUCAUACCGGUGCGACAGUUUAGUAAAGAACAUCCACACCAGUAA